AGCCAGCGACCUGCUGGCGGGUCGCCCAGAAACGUCUCUCAGUCCAAACACCCACCUCGAACCUCACAGUCGUCGUUCAGAAACCCAGUGAAAUAUACUCCGACAAUGGCAUCUGCAACUCUGUACAUCGCUGUCCUUUUAGCAACUUUGCAACUAGGAUCAUGUCUCCGCUGCUACCAGUGCAACUCGCAGUCGCACCCCGAGUGCAAGGAUCCCUUCACUAACAACAACAAAUUCCUUGUAGACUGCUCCACACAGGACUCCAUCAACUUCAACCGGCAGUACCUGCUGCCGUCGUUCCCCAGCAUCCAGGACGGCAUCACCGGAGCCGCAAGAUACUGCCACAAGAUUGAACUGCAGACUGGCACCGUGGUCCGCACCUGCCUGGACUCCAACCCCUCGGACCUGAACCACACGUGCCGCCUGCUCGACGGUGUCGCCAUCAACGCCCCCGGAGACCUCACCCGGCAGCUGAAGCACUGCAGUGUGUGCCGAGACCACGACGCGUGCAACGGAGCCGGCAGUAUCGCUGCCUCGGUCCCACUCGCCGCACUGGCUGCAUUUGUUGCCUACCUCUGCUUCAAGCAGUAAUUUAAAUCCAACCGCUUUUCGAAAUGGCGGAGCAAACGUGUUCUAGCGCUACCUGGAGAAAAUUUGAAAUCUCGUGCGUUUUAAUAUCUGUGCGCUGUUUUUCCGUUGUUGAUUGUAGUUAGAUGUAAGCUUAUUUAAGUAUUAUCAAAACACCAAAAUGCAUUUGAUUAAGAUUCGAAAUUGUUUUAAUAGUAUACUUACUGACUAUGAAUAAUUGUGUAUACGUAUCAUAACAAGUUUUAUUGUAUUCUUAUCUAUCGGUUGAAGUGAUUGGUAAUGAUACCUACUGAUCGUUUGUUUUCUUCAAUGAUUCAUGAAAUAAUUCUGUUAUUUAACCUCAUUAGAUGAAUCACCCCACUUUUAUUAUUUUAUGUAGAUUCUACGUACUUCCCAUAAAAAGAUCCAACUCGAAUACAAUUACUUAAUAGGUGUAGCAUUUAUUUGUGUACAAAUAUUUUUUGACCGUCCUGAAAUAUAUUGAGAUGUUUUAAAUAAAAUAAUAACAAAUA